AUGGCCAGAACGGAUCCCCCCGCCCCGCGCUGGAAAUCCUUGAGUCUGCCCUUCCAGCUUCCCACUUGGCUCGCCAUGCUGGUCGGCCUCCUCAUCGCAGGCCCCGUUCUCUUUGCGCUCGCCAAGGCCAGCACUAACUGGACCGGCGGUGAGGUGAAGAUCCUGCAGACGGUGAGCUUCUCGUUGCUCUACGUCUUCGGCAUGCACUUCCGCGAACCGCAGCAGCUGAUGCCCCGAAGUACCACCACCAGGAUCUUCAUCAUGUUCCUGUGGCUGUACACGAUCAUCCUUACCACCGCCUACAACUCUAACCUGACGGCCUUCCUGACGGUGGUGCAGGCGCCCUCGAGCAUGGAGACGGUCAAGGAGCUCCACGGGUCCGGCGCGGAGGUCUCGGGUCUCGGCGGUUUCUUCAAGGGGGCCCUGGCGUCCGCCGUCGACCCUUAUCUGCAGGCCUUGGCAGAGAGAUUCAAGGCCUAUAACGAACUGAACGUUGUCUGGCCGAACGUUCAGAGCGGCGACUCCGUCUAUCUGCAUAAUAGACAGUUCCUCGAAUUCGUCAUCACAACGCAAUUUACGAGGAAAGGCGUCUCUUCCAUGAGAAUUAUGAAGGAAUGCUUCGCUCCGUACAACAUCGCCAUGGCCCUCCAGCGGAACUCGCCCCUCAAGAGGAAGUUCGACAAAGCCAUCAGGUGGAUGCUGGAGAGCGGCCUCAUCAGGAGGUGGUUCCUCGAGUCGCUGAGGCUGUCCAGGAAGGCCAAAGAGCAGAAGGACGCCCCAGAGGACACUAGCGCGGGCGGCGAGGCGGAACAAAGUCCUUCGUCAGGAGUCAUUCCCCUCAGCAUAGACCACAUGCAGGGGGCCUUCUUCGUCAUCGUCUUCGGCAACGUCUUCGCCUUGUUGGUGUUCCUCGUCGAGAGCUGCUGCAGGAAGGGCGCGAGGAAGGAGGAAGAGGAGAAGGAGAAGAAGGAGGAGAAGGAGCUGGGCUGGAGUUCGAGGAUGAGCAAGAAGAAGAAGAAGGAGAAGAUGAUGAUGACGGCGGCGCAUGCGUGA